AUGAGUCUGGAGUCAUUGUUUGAGCACAUCAUCUUCACUGAGCACCAGGCGGAGGAGAGCCGCAGGGCACUGCGGGAAGUGAGAUCAGAAAUUACCAGAUGUCGUGGGAGGAUUAAGAAAGCGACAGAGGAUCUCAAUGAAGAGAAAGUCAAGUUGGAAUCCAAGGUUCAGCAAUUUUCUGAAAAAUCAUUCCUCUUAGAGCUUUUGAAAACCCAUGAAAAUGCGUUAGAGAGACAGCACAGUGAAAUUAUAAACCAAAGGGAUACGCUGCUCCAAGCCUUCGAGGCCACAAAGAAAAAAGCAGCAGAGGAAGAGGAAAAAUUUAUUAAGGAAAUUACAGACUUCAAUGAUGAGUAUGAAAUAACUAAGAAAAAAGAUAUCUUGAUGAAAGAAAAUAUCAAGAUGGAAAUUGCUGACUUGGAAAAGCAGGCAAAUGUUUUGAGAGGAGAAAUGAAGUCAAUGGAAUGGAACAGUGGCCAGUUACAGGAACUUCAAAAACAAAAGCGUCAACUGUUACAAGAAUUAUUUACUGUCCAGAAAAACCUUAAAGUUCUUAAAGAUGAAGAGACUGAAGUCAUUAAUACCACCAAAUACUUAGAGGCAGAAAAAUUAAAAGUCAAAGAAAAGCCUCAACAUGAUGCUGAAUGCUUGAGAAGACUGAAACAGGAGCUGGAUCUCUACAGCGAAGAUGAGAUGGAAAGCAAGUGCAAAGCACUGCAGACAGAAAUAGAGUUUCUGGAGUCGACAUUGGCACAGAAGGGUCUUCAGGACAAGUGACUUCUCGGAGUUGAUGUGCCACCCUACACUUGACCAUGGCAUCUUAGAGUCAACCCCGAGUGGCACCUGCGUAGCAGAUCCCCAUGUAAACAAA